GCUCAGCUCAAUCCUAGACUGGAGGUAAGCUCACAAUAAGGUACUGCACAGCUAGUAAGCCGAAUAUAUCGGCACAGGUUUUUCUCUCAAUGAGAAAGAUGGCAACUCCUGGACGUAAGCCUCGAAGGCAGAGCUCCUUUCAUCGAAUGAUAUCUGACAUCAUCUCUGAACGGAAAAAGGAUAAAAAAGGUGGUGCAACAUGUGAAGAGUUAGGGGGUUAUAUAUUAAUGGAUGUCAACUGCUUCUGGACAAAGAUAUUUGCGGAACAUUUCUUGGAGAAGGCGGACGACCAGGGCGAUGAUAUGUUGUUUUUCGUGAGAAGGAAAGAAUUCAAGACCCGGAAUGAAGCUCAGAGUUUUCAGGCAUCCAUUGAGGUGUUCAGAAAACAUGAUUCUAAAAACCUGCCCAGCCUUGGUGACCCAUCGGUUGAUUGGGAAGAAACCGUUUAUCUGAAUCUCAUCCUACAUCAGUUCGAUUACAUUUUAACGUGUGCUGUUUGUACUAAAAGUGACGGCAAACUUCAGAUCUUUCACAGCUCCAACAAACAAGUCUUCGCAUCUCCAUCAAAAAGGCGCAUGGACCGUAAAGGCGUGGAACCUCAAGUUGCCUAUCCCAAUAUAUUUUUCUUGAUUGACAAUUUUGACGAGGUGUUCAGUGGAAUGAAGGUACAAGCCAGUCAGAUGGUGUGCGUAGAGCUGGUCGCAAAUGAACGGCAGGGCUCAUUUCGUAGUGUUGUCUUCCUCGGGUGUGUGCGUUAUGAAGCGCUUAAGCGUGUCUAUGACAACCGGGCAACGAUGACCUCAAAGAUGGCUGAGAAGGUUCCAAUGAGAUUCUUUCAAGGUGCACAUGGUAGAAUUGAAUUCAUUCGAAUGAAAGGUCCAGAGGGUAAAGGUCAUGCAGAAAUGGCUGUCAGUCGAUUUAGAAGGUUAUCAAAAGAUGGGAGUUACGAUGAUCACAGUAUAAGUAGUGACGGCAGUGGUAGCAAUAGUGUCACCAGUUCUCCGGAGAGGACUCGUUACUCAAGCUCUUGCACUUCGUCUCCCGUCCCUCAACCAAAGAACGGAAUGAAAAAGUCGAGCUCAGAUAGCGGGAUGUUAUUUCAGUUGACGAGGGAAUCCGAUGAUUUGCCAGACAAUCAAAACAAUUCAAAUUUUCCUGUGAAAUUGACACGGCAAGGAUCAGAUGCGCUGCAAUGGUUAAAACGAAGAACGCACAAAGAACCGAUAUUGAAUGCUCAUCUUACAUACGUCACGCUUCCCUGGCAUCGCAUUAUUGCAGAUGUUUUAGAAGUUAGACUUGAACCAGUCCUCAGCUGAAUAUGCUAUGAACAUCAUCAAGUUGAAAUCCAAAGUAAUCACAAAAACAAAUGAUCACAACAUAUGAUCACAGGAGGGGAGAUGGACGGUUGUUGCUUAAAUCCCUGUGGUGGUACAUAUGGAUAUGAGCAAUCAACAGUGAUCAGCAGCCUUGCCUAUGAUCGCAAUCAGGAGACAUGCAGAUAGAAAUGUAAUGACAAUAAAUAAAAAGAUGCUAAUAAAUGAUAUGAGAAUAUAAUACACAUUGCAAACCAAACUAGAAAUAGUUAGAUUGAUAGAAAAAGAAAAGUAAAUUUGGGUGGUGUAUGUAUGAAUUUUAUCAGUGUACGAUACUAAACAUACAUGCUGUAAUAUUUUACACUGCUGCGUUGAAUAUAUGUAUUUGUGUAUGUGUCGAUGAUGUUAUACACGAUAGUCUGUAUACUCUUCAUUGCAUCUACAGUGUAUCACCAGAAUAAUUGUGCAUAUCUAUGCAUAGAAUGUUAUACGAGUAAUGAGUUGAAAGAUCGACUGUUCCAUUUAACGAGGGGAGCACAAAUACAAAACAUUCAUUAUUUGUUUUAUAACACACCUAAAUAGAUCCUUGUCAUUUGAUCAUCUUCCAAGCAAUUGUCCCGACUUUAAAAGUUAUGCCUGUCACCUGCUCAGGGAAUAGACUAUAGGCCCUUCCUAGCUGCGGUCCAACAUUUCACCCCACCCUUGGUCCCGCAAGCCCAUCUGCUCAGAUCGGUUCUGCCAAGCCUUGGCUGAGCCUAUCCUCCAUGCAAAACCUAGGCCUAUGCUAUAGGGUCUAGAAAUUCGUCGGCGCAUUUUGGAAAGUAAGGGCCCAAUUCCACACAGAUUUUGUGCAAAUUUGAGCUAGUUUUUAAGGUAUCAUCCACGCUAUUAAAAUACUUUACAGUAAACCAUAACAACUCACUGGGUAAACAAAGUCUCCGAUACAUUGCACACUGCUAAGACAAGUUCAGCAAGAAGUAGGCUUUGGUUACGUCACUUCUUGGAUUUACCCUUCUGGAAAAAGUCAGUCCUGCAUCUUUUUAACAAAUCAAAACAUUUAUUUAUUUAUUAAUUUAUUUAUUCUGUCUUUCUACUGCAUGCACUUUCAGUACUUGUGUACUGUUUUUCAAAGUGGUACAGUUUCAUAAAAUACAAAAGUUAAAAGAAAAGUAAUUAAAAAACAUACAUAUAUAUAAAUAGAUAUAAUAAAAGUGAUUAAGAAUUAAAAGAGUCAUUUUGUAUCCAUAGGCAAUGUGCAAUGAACAAUACGGGUGUAUAAAAAAAAAUGCACGGCGGAACAAUAUUUUUAUGAUUAGUGAUGAAAGGGGGAAAUAACUAAUGUUACGUGGUACAACAUAUAUGACUGGGAUCUAUUUAGGUGCGUUAUAAAUGAAUAUAGCCGUACUUGGUAUAUAUGCCUCAGUAAGAUCAGAUGUGCCUCAUACCGUGCAUUCAUGCAUUGAAUUUAAAUUUAUUUGGUUUAUAUCUCUAUGAUAAGGUGGUACCGUAUCAGCUUGAAUAAGCACCUGGUUUCUUACAAAAUUUAAGGGCUCAUUUGAACAGGGUUCUCACUCAGACGAGAUGCAUAAGGAAACUAUUGAAAAUUAAGAGACUGUUAUUUGUAGUUAUAUAGACAAUUUGCUUCAUAAUAUUUCUUUGAACAUAUUUGGAAAUGUUUUAUUGAAAAUUCAUAUCCUGCAAUACUCUGUCCACACUGUCAUAUUUCAUGUGACAACUUUGUGUGCUGUGUUCAUAUAUGGGCAUGAUGAUGUCAUAUUUCAUCCAAAUAUGGGCAUAUAUCACAUUUAUCACAUAAAAUUUAGUAGUGUAGACUGAAAUUAUGAUUAUUUUUUUCAUCAGAUUACUCAAGUAAUGUACUCUUUAUUUGUUUUGCAUUCCAUAUCACUGCACAAAGUUAACAAAAAAAUAUAUAUUUACAACUUUUAUUGAUUAAUAUUUUUCAAAUGUACUGCUCAAUUAAUGAAGAUAUAAUUAGUUUUUUAUUUUGAUUUAGCUUCUCAGUCCAAAAAAGUGAAAUGAUAAUGCAUAAUUUCUCUAUCAAAUUAUAUGUAAUUUAUAAUGGUGACUAUUCAAACUGGAUGCUUUUUUGGAUAUUAUUUCAUAAUGUGAACCCUUGGAUUAAAUAAUAUACAGUAAAUAAUAUACAGUAUGUAUGUUAAUGGAUGAAGUAGAUGAAUAUAUAGAUGCACUAAGGUUCAUUGAAUGAUAAUGAAAGUCCAUGAUAAUUUAUAUGAUUGUUGGACUGAAUGAUACACAAAUUCAGAAAAAAACAAGAAUAAAAUAGAGGAAUUAAUUCCCCAAGUACUAAUA